AUGAGCGCGGCCGCGUCACUGGCUGGCGUACGAGAGCUACUCAAGGUCACGGAUGAAGUUGCCGACGCUGUUGCCAGCAACAAGCCUGUUGUUGCUCUCGAGUCAACCAUUUACACCCACGGAGCGUUGGGCAAUGACCUGGCCCGUGAGCAUUCGGAGCUCGUCCGCAGCCAUGGAGGUAUCCCGGCUAUUAUUGCCAUUGUUGAUGGAGUGCCCAAAGUCGGUGCCUCUCCAGAGGAGGUUGUUCAGAUGAUUGAGAGUGGAGGUGCUGUCAAGGCGUCUAGAAGGGAUAUCGCCUACCUCACGGGAAUGGGACUUACAGGACGUAAGAUUCAUGGAGGAACUACCAUUGCCGGAACGAUGCUGCUAGCAAGGCUCGCUGGUAUCCGAGUCUUUGGCACCGGUGGUCUGGGUGGUGUCCAUCGUGGUGGACAGGACUCGAUGGAUAUCUCUGCUGAUCUCACUGAGCUGGGCCGAACCCGGGUUGCCGUUAUUAGCAGUGGCUGCAAGGGUUUCCUCGACAUCCCUCGGACUCUCGAGUUCCUUGAGACUCAGGGUGCCUAUGUGUCUACCUUUGCCGACGGUAGGUCUGGCAAUAUUGACUUUCCCGCAUUCUGGGCCCGUGAUAGCGGUGUCAAGAGUCCUUCUGUUGUCUACACCGAGAAGGAGGCUGCUGCCAUCAUCCUGGCCCAGGAGAAGCUCGGCAUCGAGUCGGGUCUGCUCUUUGCGAACCCGAUCCCCGAGAAGUUUGGCAUCCCGGCCCCCAAGAUGCAGGACUACAUCGAGCAGGCUGUCAGGGAGGCCAACGAGAAGGGCUUCACUGGAAGCGCCAACACGCCGUACAUCCUGGGCAGGCUGAAGCAGCUCACGGGGGAGAAGGCGGUCAUCGCCAACAAGGAACUAGUGAUAUCCAACAUCACCCGAGCCACCAACGUCGCAGUCGAGCUGUCGAAGCUCAUGUCUCCCGGGUCCGAGCCCGUGAAGACUUUUAGUAGCAAUGCAACACCUGCUGCUCUACCUGCUGCUCCCUCUCAGCCCCAGGAACCUGAUGUCGCUGCGGAUAGCAAGGCCGAUAUCCUUGUCGCUGGGUCCGUAGCCAUUGACCUGAGCUGUGACUACUCCGCUCCCAAGUCAGGCGGUAGCUCGCCUGUCCUCCAAACCUCGAAUCCAUCCAGCAUCAGCCAGUCCAUCGGAGGAGUCGGGCAUAACGUCGCACUUGCUGCACACUCCGUGAGCAGGCAUGCACGAGUUAGACUAUGCAGCAUGAUUGGUGACGACGUCGCUGGAAAGACUGUCCUGAACGGACUCAAGGCCUCGGGUUUGGACACAACCUACAUCCGACAGCUUGGGCACGAGUAUCACGGUUCUAACAGGACAGCCCAAUACGUUGCCGUCAACGAUGCCAACAAGAACCUAGUCAUGGCCAUGGCCGACAUGGGCAUCUUUACACAUCACUCGUUCCCGGAAUAUUGGAAAUCGGCCGUCCGAGGUACCAAGCCCAAGUGGUUGGUGGUCGAUGGCAACUGGAGUGAAAAGGACAUCCGGGCUUGGCUAAAGGCGGGUCAAGAUCAAGGCUGCAAGAUCGCUUUCGAGCCCGUAUCGACAGCCAAGUCGAUGAACCUCUUCUGCCCCCAGAAGGGCCACCCGAAGCUUCGAGUCUUCCCAAAGCCCACCGUUGAUAUUGCAUCACCAAACAACUAUGAGUUGAAGGCCAUGUAUGAGGCGGCUCGUGACAAUGGCUACUUUGACUCUCCUGAGUGGUUCGAUGUUAUUGAUGCUUUUGGAAUGAGGGGAGCUCGGGAUCGCUUCGUCAGAGCUACCUCGGCAGAGCUGACUGAUGCAGGAGUCCCUGUUCAGUCUGUUCAACUCCUCCCCUACAUCCCAACUAUCGUGACAAAACUUGGACCUCAGGGUGUUCUUCUGACCACUAUACUUGGCCGUGAUGACCCUCGGCUGAGGGACCCCGACUCUGAAGAGUACAUUCUUGCUCGAGCGACAAGCGAUCACCCAACCGUUGGCGGUCUAUACAUGAGGCAGUUUUCAGCCGCUGAGAGGGUCAAGAAGAUCGUGUCCGUCAAUGGAGUUGGUGACACGUUCUUUGGCGUUUUGAUUUCUGGUUUGGCUCAGGGCGGCAAGGUUGAGAAUCUGAUUGAUGUAGCCCAGGCGGGAUCUGUUCUCACACUGAAGUCUACUGAGUCUGUGAGACCCUCUAAAAAAAUUCCACGCCCGUCGACAUUUCGCCCAAGCCAGAACCUACAGACUUCCCACCCGUCGCGAGACUCAGCAGCAACAAUGGCGCCGCCGCAAGACGAAGACAUGCAGGACCUCACAUCCUCCGAGAGCGAGGCUCAUUUCGACUCGGAAGAUGAGGUCCCAAAGCAAAAACCCACCGUCGCCCUCUACGACAAGGACUCGGACGAGGAGGAGCUGGAGCGAUUGGUCCUGGGCAACAAGGCGAGCUUCCGGGCGCAAUUGUUCAAGGACGACUGGCUUUUUGACUCCAGCAAGGAUACAGAGGGCAAAGAGCUUGAGCUUAUGGGGCAGGACACUGCUGGACUGGAGGAUAUCGACGAUGCGGAUCUUUUCAUGCUCGACACAGGCUCUGGGGCUGCAGGCGCUGAAGUCACCAAGUCUACGAAGCCCACAGACGGCAAUGCCCCCGCCUGGGAAGACAGCGACGACGAACGAUUGGUCAUCUCUCUCGCCGGAGCCACGCGCCUACGAAAGCUGCGAUUAACAGAGGCCGAGGACCUCGUCAGCGGAACCGAGUACAGCAGAAGAUUGCGACAGCAGUACCUCCGACUGAACCCAGCGCCGGCAUGGGCUCGCGAAGCAGACGGACGGCCUAGCAAGAGGAGGCGACGAUCUUCUGCCGCUUCCGACUCUUCAGAUGCCGAUAGCGAUUCCGACUCUGAGAUUUCUGCCCAGCCCCUCGAGAAGUUCCUCCGCGACGUCAACCGCCUGGCUGGAGCUGGAUCGACAAAGAAGCGACGACUACGACCCGAGGUUAUCGACAUCCAGAGAACGAGAGAGAUUCCAGACCAGCACAAGGCCCCUGUUACCAGCCUAUCCUUUCACCCCGAGUACCCAGUCCUCCUGUCGUCAAGCACAGCAUCUGUUCUGUACCUUCACCACAUCGCACCCUCCGCCCACCCUACGCCUAAUCCUCAGUUGAUGUCAGUGCAAGCCAAGCAGGUCGACGUGCGAAGGGCCGAGUUCAUGUAUCCCAAGGGCGACAAGGUGUUUUUCGCUGGACGACGGAAAUACUUUCACCACUGGGAUCUUCAGUCGGGCACGGUGCAAAAGACGACACAGAUUCUCGGACAUCGACUGGAGCACAAGACCAUGGAACGAUUCAAGCUCAGCCCUUGCGGUAGAUAUAUGGCGAUUGUGGCUUCUACCAAGAAGGGCGGCGGCAUCAUCAAUGUCAUCAGCACAACAUCCAUGCAGUGGAUCGCCGCUGCCAGACUCUCGAGUGUCAACGGCAUUGCUGAUUUUGCUUGGUGGAGCACCGGAGACGGAAUGACCAUCCUGGGCAAGGAUGGUCAGGUUGGCGAGUACAGCAUGGAGAGCCGUUCUUUCGUGGGUCUCUGGAAUGACGAGGGUUGUGUUGGAGGUAUCGUCCUGGCUCUCGGUGGCCAUCAAGGCCCAACUCAUCUGGGCGAGGAUCGCUGGGUUGCCAUCGGUUCCAACAGUGGCAUCACAAACAUCUACGACCGAGCCGAACUUGUCGUGCCCCAGGCAGAGGAGCUUACCAUCAAGGAGCGGCCGACACCCACUCGAGUCUUUGAGCAGCUCGUCACCCCCAUCACACACAUCGCCUUCUCCCCCGAUGGCCAGCUCAUGGCUUUCGGAAGCCAGCACAAGAAGGAUGCUCUACGACUUGUGCAUCUUCCAAGCUGCACAGUCUACCGUAACUGGCCUACGGAGCAGACACCUCUUGGUAGAAUUUCCGCAGUUGCUUUUGGGCGACAGAGUGAUUUGUUGGCGGUUGGUAACGACACGGGUAAAAUUCGAUUGUGGGAGAUUAGGAGUUAG